CCAUAACUAACACCGGCCAUGUUCCCAAAACGACACCGAUUCUUAAUCAUAAUUACAACCCAACCAACCGCUCCUCCUACCUAGAGGUCUUUUUCAUCUUCUCACACAGAUUGUGAUGUAAAAGCAAACCUGUCUCUCAUUUCUCACCUUUCUUCAGCCAUCAGAAACCCUAAAUUCUGAUUUCAUUAAUUCAUUUUCAUCCAUUUCUUCUCAUUGGAUUCGGCCAUGGCGUGCCAUUUCUCGAUUCUUUUUUUCUUGUUCCUGAUCGCUCUCUCAUUCGCCAUCGCCGAUGACGUUUCACUAGACGAUGAUGAUUCGUCUCCUAAAACUCCUGGCUGUAGUAAUAAAUUUCAAUUGGUCAAGGUCAAGAACUGGGUUGAUAACGUUGAAGGUGAAAGUUUUUCUGGGUUAACUGCAAGAUUUGGAUCGUCAUUGCCGUCUGAUGUUGAAAAGGGGCAUAAACUUACUGCCGUUUUCGCGAAUCCAGCAAACUGCUGUUUGAAUUCUUCCUCAAAGCUAUCUGGUUCAGUUGCCUUGUCUAUACGUGGUGAUUGCUCCUUUACUACUAAAGCAGAAGUGGCACAGUCAGGAGGUGCUGCUGCUUUGGUUGUGAUAAAUGACAAAGAAGAUCUUUACAAGAUGGUUUGUUCUGAAAAUGAUACUUCUCUAAAUAUCUCGAUCCCUGUUUUGAUGAUUCCAAAGUCAAGAGGAGAUGCUCUCAACAAAUCUCUUGUGAACAAACAAAGAGUUGAACUGUUAUUAUAUGCCCCAAAUCGUCCAGUUAUAGACUUCUCAGUAAUUUUGUUGUGGAUACUGGCUGUUGGAACAAUUAUUGUUGCUUCACUUUGGUCAGACUUUACAAAUGAGCAUACUGACGAACGCUAUAAUGAAAUAUCGCCAAAGGAAUCUCCAACCGUUCCAUCAGACAGAGAUGAUUCUGAGAAGGAAGUCCUUGAUAUCAGUGCAAAGGGUGCUAUAUUUUUUAUCAUAACAGCAUCCACUUUCCUGGUUCUACUUUACUUUUUCAUGUCAUCUUGGUUUGUCUGGCUGCUAAUUGUGCUCUUCUGCAUUGGCGGUGUUGAGGGAAUGCAUAAUUGUAUAGUAACCCUAGUGUUGAGGAAAUGUAGAAAUUGCGGUCGGAAGAUGGUGAAUUUGCCUCUGUUUGAUGAGGUUUCUAUUCUAUCACUUGUGGUCUUAAUGUUCUGCGUGGCAUUUGCUGUUGUCUGGGCUGUACAUAGGCAGGCCUCAUAUUCGUGGGCUGGCCAAGAUAUUCUUGGUAUCUGUUUGAUGAUAACAGUUUUGCAGAUUGCACGAUUACCUAAUAUCAAGGUUGCUUCUGUACUUCUUUGCUGUGCGUUUGUUUACGACAUCUUUUGGGUCUUCAUAUCACCGUUAAUAUUUCACGAAAGUGUUAUGAUUGCGGUUGCUCGGGGUGACAACAGUGGUGGAGAAUCCAUUCCCAUGCUUUUGAGAGUACCUCGACUAUUUGACCCUUGGGGUGGCUAUGAUAUGAUUGGAUUUGGGGACAUUCUGUUCCCUGGUUUGCUAAUUUCUUUCGCAUACAGAUAUGACAAGACGAACAAGAAGGGUGUAUUAAAAGGAUAUUUUCUUUGGUUGACAAUUGGCUAUGGAUUCGGUCUCUUCCUUACAUACCUAGGUUUAUAUCUAAUGGAUGGGCAUGGUCAACCGGCACUCCUCUAUCUCGUUCCUUGUACACUAGGGCUCAUUGUUUUAUUGGGUCUGGUGAGAGGGGAGUUGAAAGAUCUCUGGAACUAUGGUGCAGAACCAUCCUCCGAUCCAAUUACUCCUCCAGAAGCUUGAACGACUACUGUUGCAUGUCUCAAAAGAUGGCUGCACUGAUCUAUAGAAGAAGCUUAAGGUUUGAUGCGGCUAGCUGGGUCGACCUUCUUCUUGUAAGGUAUUUUGGGUCAAUAUGGCACGAAGAAUACAGUGGUAAAAAAAGUGGGGGGGAUGUACAAUCAAAGCCAAGUCAGCUGUAGAAUAUGAUUAUAUUUUAUCAUGUAUAUGGCCUUUGUAUGUAUUGAAUGUAGUUCAUUUCUCAUUUCUACAUUGUUAAUGUUAUAGCAUAACUUACCCAAUCGAUUUCCUUGUUUAUCAAUGUUGGCGAAGCUGCAUCAUUCAAUAUUCUUGGUGUAUGCAUUCUCGAUACCCAUCUAUUUUGUAUAAUGUAUCGGUGUGAAAUGAAAUUCAUCGAAAAGUUUCACCAUA